AAAGAAGCUCAGGCGGUGAAAGAGACUGAUGCAACGGCAAAAUUAAUUCCGUCUGUUCGGAUUUUUCCUUCAUACCGAGUGGCGAGUCUUGUCAAUUUUUGCACUAGUUCUAUUUUUUUGCCUUAAGAGGAUGUAUGGAAAGAUGUGCGCGCCUGGCAGAUGGGGCUGUUUGCGGAUGUAUUUGCUCUUCGUGUUGCUGGAGUGUUACUGGGAAGUCGUGAUCGGCCAGCUCUCUUACUCGGUGGCGGAGGAGGUGAACGUGGGGACCGUUGUCGGAAAUAUUGCCAAGGACUUGAGCCUGAACGUUCACGAUUUGGAAUCCCGUAUGUUUCAAAUUCUUGUGGGAGCUAAGAGGAAAUAUUUCGAGGUAAAUUUAAAGACUGGCGUCCUCUAUGUGAAUGAGAGAAUAGAUCGAGAGGAACUGUGCGGAGAUGAAGACAAAUGUUCACUUAGCGUAGAAGCCGUCAUUAAUAAUCCGUUAAAAUUACAUCGCAUUGAAAUAAUAAUAUUAGAUGUAAAUGACAAUUAUCCAACAUUCUUAAGCAAAUCACAGGUAUUAAAUAUUACAGAAAACACAGAACUGACCACAAAGUUUCCCCUGCGCGCUGCUCAUGACGCAGACGUUGGUAAAAAUACAAUAAAUUCAUACAAACUCAGUCCAAAUGAACAUUUCUCUCUUGAGAUACAGAAAGGAAGAAGUGUAACACCAGAUUUAGUGCUUCAGAAGCUUUUGGACCGAGAAAAACAGGCCGUCAUCACGCUCACGUUGACUGCUAUUGAUGGAGGAACACCACCAAAAUCAGGCACAAUGACUAUUGUUGUGAAUGUACUGGACAUCAAUGAUAAUGCCCCUGUAUUCAGUCAAAGUCUCUACAAAGCUAGUGUACGUGAAAACAUUGAAAUCGGUACUUCAAUAAUAACGUUAAAUGCUACUGAUUUAGAUACAGGAGAAAAUGGACACGUGUUUUAUUUUUUUAGUGAAGUAGAUCGAGAAAACCAAAAUGCUUUGUUUGCAAUAGAUAAAACAAGUGGGACUGUUACCAACAUAAAGAAUUUAAAUUUUGAAGAGAGGAGCAAUUUUGAGAUAAGAGUACAAGCCAGUGAUGGGGCUGUUUUUCCUAAAACAUCACAUGCCAAAUUAUUGAUUGAGGUUUUGGAUGUCAAUGACAAUGCCCCUGAAAUUUCAGUUACAUCCUUGUUGCACACAGUGAAAGAAGAUGCGACAAUUGGCACUGCUGUUGCUCUUGUUUCAGUCCUAGAUAAAGAUGGAGGGAAAAAUGGUCAUGUGCAAAGUAAAAUUACUAAUGAUGUGCCAUUCAAACUUGAAUCAAAUUAUAAGAAUUAUUAUUCUUUGGUUGUUGGUGGUCCUCUUGACAGAGAAAAAGUAUCUGCUUACAAUGUCAGCAUUCUUGCGAUAGAUGAAGGUUCUCCACCUCUGUCCAGCACAAGUGUUGUUUAUGUUCAGAUCUCAGAUGUUAAUGACAACGCACCUCACUUCUCAGAGCCUCUCAUUAAUGUUUACAUUAGAGAAAAUAGUUCACCAGGGGCAGUAAUACAUAAAGUGACUGCAUUGGACGAUGACGUUGAUCAAAAUGGUCAUGUGACUUUCUCAUUUUUGCCCAGUACGACUCACUCUGUGCCAGUAACUACAAUGAUAAAUAUCAACUCAGAGACUGGAGAAAUUGUCAGUCUGCAGUCUUUUGACUAUGAAAAGAUAAAGACAUUUCAGUUCAAGGUUCAGGCCACAGACUCUGGUGUUCCUCCACUUAGCAGCAAUGUGACUGUCAACAUUUUUAUCCUGGAUGAGAAUGACAACAGUCCCACCAUUUUGGCUCCCUAUUCUGAGCACGGCUCUGUCAACAGCGAGAGCAUCCCCUAUUCUGCUGAGGCAGGAUACUUUGUGGCCAAGAUCAGGGCAGUGGAUGCAGACUCUGGCUACAACGCGUUGCUCUCUUAUCACCUGUCUGAGCCCAAAGGCAACAAUAACCUCUUCCGGAUCGGAACCAGCACCGGGGAGAUUCGCACCAAGAGGCGAAUGAGUGACAAUGACCUGAAAAGUCACCCCUUGGUGGUGUCUGUGUGUGAUAACGGAGAAGCCUCCCUGUCAGCGACUGUGUCUCUUGACGUGGUGGUGCUUGAAAGCACAGCUGACAUCCACCACACUCAGUUCAGACACGUGCCCAUCAAGGAGGAGAGCUUCUCUGACUUGCACUUGUACCUGCUCAUCGCCAUCGUGGCCGUGUCGCUGAUCUUCCUGCUCAGUCUGGUCACUUUAGUGGUCUUCAAAUGCCACAGACAGACGGAGGGACAUUUCGACAGGUACGGCGCCCCGAUGAUCACCACCCACCCUGACGGGAGCUGGUCUUACUCCAAAGCGACUCAGCAGUACGACGUGUGCUUCAGCUCAGACACACUCAAGAGUGACAUGGUGGUUUUUCCCACGCCUUUUCCGCCUGUAGAGGCAGAACUGAUCAGUAUUAAUGGAGGAGACACCUUUACCAGGACUCAGACUUUACCUAACAGUGAGAAGGUAGGCUGA